UAAAAAAACGAGACUGCGUUGAUCGCUGGCUAAUUCGCGAGACGUGGUGCCGGUAAUAUUUAAUAGAAAAAUAAGGCUUAUUUUCUCUUCGUGAUCGAAUAACAGACUGAACUGGACUGGGUUGAGACGCAAAGCAGGAUCGAGCCGAUCUGAGAACCCUGCUGUACAACAAAAAAGGACUGUAGACAGGCUAGUAUAGUUGCUAGCUUGUCAUAGGCAACAAGGGGAAAUUUAGCGGGCAACUCGGCGGCUAGUUAUGUCCUUUCGCCGACAGAACCAGCCUGGACCCGGCGGCCGCAAAACAUCCAAUGGAACUUCAGGCUCCAUGGCCUCGUCAGUUCCAGGGAGUAACUCGAACAGACCCCUUCCGGGAAGGAACAGAAACUCAGUGAAGACUUCUUCGCCAUCACCACCUGUGUUUGAUGGUGUGUACAACAACUCCCGGAUGCUCCAUUUUCUUACAGCUGUUGUGGGAUCCAGAUGUGAUGUUAUGGUGAAGAAUGGUAGCGUGUACGAGGGAAUAUUCAAGACUUUAAGCCCCCAUUGUGAACUUGCAGUGGAUGCAGUGCACAAGGUGAAAAAUGAGGAGGGAGAUGGAGGUGGUGGCGGUAUAGUUGCUCAUCCCAGGAGAGAAGAGAUUACAGACAUGAUCAUCUUUGGCCCGAAUGACCUCGUCACUAUGACCUGUAAGGAUGUGGACCUCAACUACGCUACACGAGAUACUUUUACAGAUUCAGCAAUCAGCUCUUCAAAAGUAAAUGGUGACCACAGAGAGAAAGUGCUUCAGAGGUGGGAUGGAGGUGACAGUAAUGGCGAAAAUUAUGACCUAGAAGGAGAUGCAUCUAAUGGCUGGGAUGCCAGUGAGAUGUUUCGUUUUAAUGAGGAGAACUAUGGGGUGAAGUCAACCUAUGACUCCAGUCUCUCCAUGUACACGGUUCCUCUAGAACGUGGCAGCUCGGAGGGCUUCAGGCAGCGCGAGGCUCGGGCCACUCGACUGGCCAUUGAGAUCGAGUCAAGUUCACAGUAUCGCCACAGAGCUUCGUUGGAGAAUGACGAUGGGAAAACUGAAGAAGACAAAUACAGCGCCGUUGUGCGAGAGAGAGAUGGAGAACGGGAGAGAGGAAGAGAUAGCCCUGGAUUUUCCAGCGCUGGAAGCAGAGAGGGCAAAUACAUUCCUCUACCCCAGCGGGCACGCGAGAGAGAGAUGGGUGUUACAGGAAGAGGUGAAAGAGGUGGAGCUGUAUCCACUCUGCCCAACCGAACAAAUAGACCUGGCUCUUCAAGCUCUUCCCCUAGGCCCCUCCCUUCUGGAAGCGGUCAGCCUAUUCAUUCCACUGAUAGAAGUAGUCCUCUGUCUACCAGGGGAGGAUACAGCAGCCCUCCUACACAGCCCCGCCCCUCAGAGCUGGGUCAUUCUAGCCCUCCUUCUCCCCACACGAUCCCACAUUCGCUCUCACACCCACAAUCUCUUUCUGAUGCAGGCCGGCCUGUAAAUGGCGUAUCAACCAAAAUGUCACCCAAGGCUCAAAGACCUGGGCAGACCAACAGAAACCUGCGUACCCCAAACUCACACUCAUCUCCUACAGUCUCUCGUUCCCCUAAACCAGAUGCUCCUUCCCAGGACCCUCCUUCAGCCACUUCCCCUUACCUGGAUACCUCAGCUACCACAGUGACCCCCAAACCCACAGGCCCCACCCUUUCGUUUACUGUAGAUGUGAAUGAAAUUCUGUCUAAGGAACGAAUGGAAAGUCCAGCUAGUCCCCAGGAAAGCAAACCUGUGAAAGUCCAGCAUAGACAAGACAUGGAGGAGGAGCUUCGCAGGUUUGGUAAAAAUUUUAAGCUUCUAUCCAGCUCCAACACUUCAACUGUAGCCACAGCCUCUCCCCAAUCAAACCCCUCCCACAACACACAAACAGACACCAUCCCUCCUACGGAAUCGAAACCGGCCCCGAUCACGACCCCAGAGCUUCCUGCAGAGGAGAGAGGUAGAGAGACAAAUGCAGAAGGUGUGGCAAACGCCACCCCUCCACCAGUCGCACCCUCUGCCCAGUCUGGCCCUGCCAUGCAAAAUUCCACCGGAGACGGGCAAUUGGCUGAGACUCCCCAGCCUGCGAGGACCCCGGGCAGUGAGGAAAGCAAAACGGAAACGUCUGAGAGAUCCGAGGGCAUGGCUGAUCAAGUGAAAAAAUCAACACUGAACCCCAACGCCAAAGAGUUCAACCCCACCAAGGCCCCUCUUAGCAUGGUGAAGCCUUCAGCCACUCCCACCCCACCACGCCCGACUCCACCCAGCCCCACAGUGGUGCUACAGCCCCCACCAGGCCAGAACGCCAUAUACAAUACCCAAUACCUGAGCUACGUGUCACCCAUCCAGAUACAGGGUCACAACGUACAGCCACAGAUGUACUCGUAUCCCAUGGCAACAGUCAAUCAAGGAAAAUACCCAAGAGCUAAAGGUUCUGUGGUGACCCCUCGUCCAGACCACAGCUCUUCAGCGCCCCCUAUGAUCCAGGCUGCGGCAUCAGCUGCAGGUCCUCCUCUGGUGGCCUCUCCUUACCCUCAACAGUUUCUGCAGUAUAAUCAGGUCAUCCAAGCCAUGCCCCACUACUCUGGACAGGUCUAUUCUAUGCUCCAGGGUGGACGGGUGCUGAGUUCAGGAGGGCACCCGCAAGCGCUGUGUCCCCCAGGGCCCCAGUAUCCUGGCCAGGCUGAAGGACCACCAGCUCCUCAGCAGGGCAUGUAUGCUCCACAGUCGUUCUCUCAUCACUCGGGUUCCAUGCACCCCCCUCAGCCCUCCAGCACCCCCACAGGCAACCAGCCGCCCCCUCAACACCCUGCCCCCAGUCCAGGACAGUCUGGUCAGUCCGGUCCUCAGCCUCCUUCUCUGUACCACCCUGGGCAGAUGUCAGCACAGACACCCCCUAACAUGCCUCCGGGACACAGCUCUCCACAGGGCCCCUACCCCAUUCAGGGCUACACCCUGCCCGGACACCAGCCCCUUCCUCAUCCUUAUUCAUCCUUAGGACAACUCACACAGACUCAUGUUCAAAGUGCGCUCUCGGGUCCUCACCACUCAGGAGGUCACGGGCCACCUCAAAUGAUGCUGCUUCAUCAUCCGGGACAUCCUCCUCCUCAGCAGGGCUCUGGCCCCCCGCAUGGACCUCCCCCACCCCAACAUCCAACUCACCAGCAGUACUCCUACAUGCCACCUCAGGUGCAGGGUCACCCUACACAGCAGAUGCAAUUCCACCCUCCUGGAAACUGACAGCAUGACUGAGACCGGAACAGAGGCCAUUGCCACAGUGUGACAAAUGAGCGCCCUCACCUGGACACUUGUGUGUACCAUCGCACGCUCAUAUGUACAUACUCUAAACCUGCUCUCUCUCUCUAAAGAAUGGAAAAAGAUUUUGUUUUUAUUCAUACCUCUUGCAAGACUGAAUGUGCUCGUUUUAUUUUUUCUUUGUGCUCUUUUUAAUUUGAACGGAGUGUUUAAAACGGACCGAGGGAAAGGGCGUGAGACCGGGAGAGAAACUCGAAUGGAAAGAGCGAGGGACAUUUUUAUAAAAAUACAGUGACCUCUCCCUUUAUCCUCAACCCCCUUAUUAAAUAAGUAAAUAAUAAAUCGUAAAUAAAAAAUAAAAAAGAACAAAAAAAAUUUAAAAAGUGUAUAAAAAUAAAUAAAUUUUUAAACUCUCCCUA